AUGGUCUAUGGAUACGCUUGUCUCGAAUUCGGGAAAGUAUACUCUGAAUUCAAAAAACGAUUUGGGAACCUCACACUUUUUCUCAAGCUCGAUGAUGAUCAGCCUUCUGAUGUUCUGAAAGACGAUCAAGUGUACCUGGAAGAUGAUUUGACCGUCGACAAACUUCUCUCUGAUUUGGAUAAUAUCACCAAGGUUCUUUUGAUUCAAAACCCCGAUCACACAACUGCUGCAUCAUGUCGUAGACGGCUCAUUCAGAAUUUAUCGGAUCGUGCUAGCCCAAAAACCCGGUUGCAAGUUCGAAGACAAUCAUUGAUUCAAGACUUUACAUUCACCACAAUGGUAUUAUCGAUAGCAUCACAUGCCAAAUCUUCUACACUUUGGGAACACCGUCGAUGGUGUUUGAUCGAAACAUAUCUAUUGAAAGAAAGUGAAAGAAUCCCUUCGACCAGAGCUCAAAUCAUUUCUCAGUCAUCUCAGUCUCACAGAACAAUAGCACCAGCUAGUUGUGCUUCUGACGAAGAAUUCGAGUUCACAUCAAUAUGUGCCGAUAUUUAUCCUCGUAAUUACUUUGCGUGGCGACAUCGGAUGUGGUUACUAGAUGGUCUAUUCAGUCUAGGUUACAAAGACAUGAAACCUUCUCUAGACAAAGAGAUUCAAAGAUUGAUGACAUUCUGGCGAUCACAUCCACGUGAUCAUUCAUGUACUCAUUAUAUUACUUACCUUAUUAAGUCUUGGAAUACAUCUUUUGGCCAAACAAUCCAUUCCAAAAACAUAUUCACAGAUACAUUUCUAACUAGCAUUCAAGAAAAUCUCCUAGCUUAUCCCGAUGCUGAAACUUCUUGGUUACUGUUUCGUUGGCUUUUUUCACAAACUGAUCUCAGUGAAUUAUUACUAACAAUACCUUUAUCUAAUAAGAUCAUCAAGAUGCUGGACUCGAUAGCUUCAAAGAAUUCAGAGACUUUGAAGUCUCGGUUUUUGAACAAUGUGUCUUUUGAAGAAAAUUCAAGCAUCACUUUGUUGGCAAAAGAAAUCAGAUCUGAGAAUCGCACGGCUUGUUUAGGAAUCUUGACGUUUUAUUGGUUAGCUUUACAGGUUAGUUUUGAAGAAGUAUUAAAGAUCGAAAUCUUAUUUGAUCUUAUUGAUUCUGUUCUACAUGUCUGA